AUGAAGAUUCCAAUCGUACUUUUGUCCCCGUUGCUAGUUCUCGCAUCACCCGCCUUUAGCCCUGCUUUAUUGAGUGGGCAGGGUACUAAAGUAGCCAGAGGCGAGAAUUACUGCUGCAAUCCAAAUAUAUUUUUCUUUUUCGAGCUUAAAACUUAUACCGGACCAGACAAAUUAACAACUGUGCACAGUGGUGCGCAGACAAAUCACGCGCAAUUCCCUGCUGUGGAUAUGGCAAAUGUAACGUUGCCUGCUGUGCCUGUAGUGGUGGAUGCCGCCAUUUAUGAAGCGGUUCUGGGUAAGGCUCCCGGCCCCAAAUUACAUGUUAUAUAUGGGCUAAUUUGA